GUACUCUCCGAGUGGAAGCAGAAAUACGAGGAGGCGCAGAGUGAGCUGGAGGCCGCUCAGAAAGAGGCUCGCUCCCUCAGCACCGAGCUGUUCAAGCUGAAGAACGCCUACGAGGAAUCCCUCGAUCACCUCGAGACCCUCAAGAGGGAGAACAAGAUCCUCCAAGGUACGGGGUUCCUCCGACAGUGCCCUGCUUCCCUGGAGCACGAGGAAGGGAAGAUACUGAGGGCGCAGUUGGAGUUUAACCAGACGAAGGCCGAGCUGGAGAGGAAGUUGGUGGAGAAGGACGAGGAGAUGGAACAGGCCAAGAGGAACCAGCAGCGAGUGGUGGAAACUCUGCAGACCUCACUAGAGUCCGAGACCCGCAGCAGGAACGAGGCGCUCAGGGUCAAGAAGAAGAUGGAGGGCGACCUCAAUGAGAUGGAGGUCCAGCUCAACAUGGCCAAUCGCCAGGCCACUGAGGCGCACCGGCUGCUGAAGGUGCUGCAGGGGACCCUGAAGGUAGGCCAGAGGGAGCGGGCACUGCCCCAGGGUCAGGCCAGAGGGAGCGGGCACUGCCCCAGGGUCAGGCCACAGGGAGCGGGCACUGCCCCAGGGUCAGGCCACAGGGAGGGGGCACUGUCGGAG